GGACAGCCUGGACCUGCCGGGCCACCCGGGCAACCUGGUGGGCCUGGAGCUCCCGGGUUACCUGGGCUUGAAGGUGUUGCUGGUCCGAAAGGAGAGAAAGGGGAGAGCGGAAUUCCUGGUGCACCUGGUGUUACCGGCCCGCCGGGACAGUUCGGUAAUCCUGGGCCUAAAGGAGAGCCUGGCGCACGUGGAAUCCCCGGACAGAGCAUUCCAGGUUUACCUGGUAACGACGGUCGACAGGGCCUUGAUGGCGCACCUGGUCGAAAAGGAGAACAAGGUCUCCCUGGAGUUCGAGGACCACCCGGAGAUUCUCUGCACGGCUUGCCAGGACCACCAGGCGCUCGAGGGCCUGUAGGGCCUAAAGGAUACGAUGGACGAGACGGGAUUCCUGGGCUACCUGGUGUCACUGGUCCGAAGGGAGAUCGUGGUGGUGCAUGCUCGACCUGUGCGCCCGGAAUCAAAGGAGAAAAAGGAAAUUCCGGAUAUUCCGGACAACCAGGUCCUCAGGGAGAUCGUGGACUUCCCGGUAUGCCUGGUCCAAAUGGCGAUCCUGGAGAUGAUGGAAUACCAGGGCCUCCAGGACGACCCGGAGCCCCUGGGCCUCCCGGGCUUGACGGUCUGCCUGGAUUACCUGGGCAAAAGGGUGAACCGACUCAACUCGUUCUCAGACCUGGACCACCUGGCUAUCCUGGAAUGAAAGGAGAAACAGGAUUUCCAGGACAACCUGGACAGGAUGGAUUACCGGGAGCACCAGGACUUGUUGGAGCGCCCGGACAACCUGGGAUUCCUGGAGAAAAGGGUCAACCAGGACUGCCUGGCACUCCUGGAAAGCCUGGAAAAGACGGAUUACCGGGGCUGCCCGGACUCAAGGGAGAACACGGUCAUGGUGCGCCUGGUCAGCCUGGUAUUCCUGGACAAAAGGGAGAACCUGGACCUGUUGGUGCCGCUGGUACUCCUGGAAUCCAGGGCCCACCUGGUGUUGCUGCUCCUAAAAGUUUGAUAAAGGAUGGCACUCCCGGGCAGCCUGGAGCUCCUGGGCUACCAGGACUCAAGGGUGAAGCUGGAUUCCCUGGAAGGCCUGGAGAUGUCGGUUCUCCUGGGCUCCCAGGUGUCAACGGACGGAAAGGAGAAAGUGGACUUCCUGGCUCACCGGGACAACCUGGAGUGCCAGGAAUACCCGGCGAGAAAGGGUUUGCAGGUUAG